GAUUAAGUUUAUAUAUAAAGACAAUUAGUUUGUAACUGUAACUGUAAGUGUAACUUUCAUUUUCAUUUUAAUUGUUGACAGUAAUAAGUUGCUGUUGUGAUUGUGCUUUCAAUCAAUUGAAUUGAGAAAACAAAAAUGAUUCACUUUUACAUUAGAACAAUUAUCUUGACCAUUGUGAUCCAAAUUAUCUCAACUGGGCCAACAAUUACUCCAACAAUUAAACAACAACAACAACAAUCAUGUAACAUGAUUAAAGCGGAUAAAUGUGCUUCCGAUGUUUUUGUUUUCGGCCAUUCAAACAUCACUUUACCUGAAAAUCUACAACAAGUUGAAACUCAUUGCAAGUCAAGAUUUCAAGCCUUACGAUGUGUCCAAAGUUAUAUUCGUGACUGCCUAACAUUGUUUCCCAAACAAGUCGUCUCAUUGUUAAUCAAAGGAGCAGCAAAUAAUGCUAAGCAACAGUGUAAAAUUGAUCGUCAAGAAUUUGUUGAACGGUCUAAAUGUUAUCGUAAAAAUCGUGAAGGGUUAGGCCAAUGUAUGAAAAAGUUAAUCAAUGAAUUGUCUCAAGCAGAGAAACAAUCAGACAAAGUACCGUUAACUUGUUGUGUCUUAAAAUCUUAUCGUGAUUGUAGUAUUAAAAUUUUACAAUCAGAUUCUGAACAAUGUAAACCUGAUGAUACGAAAUAUUUUAUGAAAAUGGUUGAAGGAAAUGCUGCCGAUGUUUUCGAGUUGGUUUGUCGUAAUAAUCGGAAAAUUGAACGACCUAAAGAUGCUAAAGGUGAUACAAUUUGUCUACCUCAGGAAAGACAAGCAAAAUCAAUCGAUAAUGAAAAAGGAUCAUUAUCAUUAUUACCUUCGUAUAUUAAAAUUUUCACUGAAUAACUUUUUCCAAUAAUCAGUUAAAUUUGCGAUUCCAAGUCAACUUGAUGUAAAUAUUUUUGUACUUUCUCUGAUAAGAUUAAAUUAAGAUCUCAAA